AUGCCUCGCCUGAAGAAGCACAACCGUUCCAUCGCGGCCAAGAAGAGGAUGGAGGAACGCCUGGCAGCAGUGGUGGCAUCUGCGCCUCUGGUCCCCACCACCUGCUUCCCACCACCAACACGUGGUCCCUCAUGUCGUGGUACUGGUCGUCGCCACCGUGUGAGCACCUGGCCAGUUUCACCCCUGACUGGCAGGAGUCACAAGAUGAUCAUCCCAGCCGAGUCACCUGACAAGAAGUUUGUUCUUUUUGUCGGUGAUUCCCACCUGCGCGCCAUUGUUGAUGGCCAUGUGAAGAUUUCGCACAAGCGGCUUUCUUUUGGUCUCAUGUCAACGCCAGGCGCUGACGCCAAGGACCUGAGGACUGAGAUGGUGAGUGCAGUCCUUCCCAGGACACCUGACCUUGUUUGUGUUCUUGCACCCAGCAACAACUUGACUAAGGGGACUUUGGAUCAGGCUGCAGUGGACUUUGAGGAGCUUCUCACCAGUGCCUUGUCUCGGUGGCCGAAGCUGUUUGUCCUGGACUUCCCUCCUCGCCGGAACGUGGAUCAGGACUUGCAGGAACUUUUUCGCCAAGAGUUUCACCGCGUUGCUGCACGCAAGGGUAUGGCCCAAAAAUAUUUAGUUCAGUCUAAUUGA